AGCCGGAGCCGGAGCCGGAGCCGGAGCCGGAGCCGGACCUGGGGCCGGACCUGAAGCCGGAGCCCCGAGGGCGCUGGGCCGGGAGCUGCGGCGCCGCCGCCCGGGAGCCCGGAGGAGGUGAUUAUUCUCCGACGGGCCGAUGAAAGCCAACGAUGACUGGUUGUGGCUCACAGUCCCUCAAAGUGCUGAUGGUGGUCUUCUCCUUGCUGACCCCCGCAGUCUCGUCCACGCACUUCCGCGUCUGCGAGCCGUACGCCGACCACAAAGGCCGCUACCACUUCGGCUUCCACUGCCCACGGCUCUCUGACGAUAAGUCCUUCAUCUUCUGCUGUCACCAUAACAACACCGUCUUCAAGUAUUGCUGCAACGACACCGAGUUCCAGGCAGUGAUGCGGAUGAACCUCACUGGACACUCCGAAAGUUUCAUGCACAACAACUACCCGGCUCUGCUGGGCGUCUGGGUGUACGGCUUCUUCGUGCUGGGCCUGCUGGUCCUGGAUCUGGUGCACUACUCGGCCAUGAACUAUGACGUCUGUAAGCUGUACCUGGCCCGCUGGGGCCUCCAGGCCGCGUGGAUGAAGCCGGGGCCCGGCCCGUGGGGCAGCCCCGCCCAGGCCCCGCCACGCCCGGACCGUGCCCGGCCCCCGCCGCCCGCCUCGGCCCCCGCCGCCUCAGCCCGCGCCACCUCGCCACCUGGCCCUGCUCCAAAGGGGGACUCACGGAAGCCGACGUUGCUCUCCUUUCACAGCUCCUCCGCCUGAAACAAACCGUCGUCCAUGUGCCUCAGGUUGGGAGGGGAGAUGUCAAAGCCCCAACCGGCAGCUUCCAGCAGGAGACCCAGCCGGGCCAAGAUGUUGGCGGGGAGCCAAGAUGGAGGCGGAGGACCAAGAUGGGCCAGCACCCCACGCCCCUAGGGACCCUCCCGCUGACCGGCAAGGGAAGAGGCGUCCCGGGCAGGGCUUCCCCAGGCAGACGUCAGUAAGCAAUAUUUCCGUGUUCGACCGCCCCUCGUUUGCAGGCGAUGGCGGGGCUUGGGGGGGGCUGGGGAGGUCAACGGCUGGUCCACGGCUCUGGACACCUGGGUUCCGGACCGCGAGUUAGACCAGAGACAAUCGCCGCUUCUUCGCCCUUCACCCAACCCACUGCCCCCACGAGCUGAGUACCGCUCACCAGAGCACUGAGCGAGAGGGGCCCAAGGGGUCCGAUGGACAUGGGCCACAGCAGGGUGGAUGGUGGAGCUCAGACCGGCCUGGUGUCGGGGCGUCUCCUCUCCGGACCUGAGGCAGAAAGGUCUCUACUGGCACCGGGGGGGAGAGGGGAAGGCUCAUUGUGGUGCAGUCGGCUUAAUUUGGACAGUUGAAAGGGGAUGGGGGGGCAGGGAGAAGAGGGGGUGUCCCAGGGAAUUCCUUCCCAUCAUAGAUCUCACUGCCCAGUCUAGUCAUCCACAGUGUGGCCCAAUGGAAAGAGCACGAGGCUGGGAAUCGGAGGACCCUGGUUCUACUUCCGAUUCUGUCCCUGGCUGCUGUGAGACCUUGGGCCAGCCACUGAACUGCUCUGGGCCUCAGUCUCCUCCUCCUCUGUAAAAUGGGGAUUAGGGUUCCUACCUCACGGAGUGUUGUGAGAAUGAAACGCGAUUACUGAAGUUAAGGCACUUUAGAAAAGUGAAAGGAACAGUGCUGUCCAAGUUCAACGUA